CUUUCAACGAUGGAAGAUGCUGCACCAAAAGCGUAACUCUAAAUGUACUUCGAGAAAUGAUGAGGAUAAGGGAAGAAUCGGAUGAAAGUUUUCUUUUGUUGGAUAACCAAAAAUACACAUUAUGGUUAAAGUAUCAAAACAGAAUGAGAUAACCAAAAUUUAACCAUGUUCAACCUCUAUUGUAAUAAAGACAGUACAAUUAAAGAAAUGAAUUUUCAAAUAAUUGGUAAAUUUUUACUCCUUUUAACUGUGAUUCAAUCUGGAUUUGGAUUACCUGAAACCUUGAACAUUGGCGGUUUGUUCACUGUUAACUCAUUGGAUCAGGAUUUAGCUUUUCAAGUUGCCAUCCAAAAGGUUUUAAAUGAUUUUAACCGAUUUUCAUCAGCCACAGUCCAAGGAAUUAAGUACAAUGUUUCAUACUUUGAUAGUUAUCAGGCUCAAUCAAAUGUGUGUAAACUGCUGCAGGAACAAGUAGCAGCUAUUAUUGACACUACGAGUUCACCUUGUUCUCAUCAUAUUGAAGCAAUUUGUGAUAAUUAUGAGAUACCUCAUAUUCGGACCCGUUAUGAUUGGAGACAAUCAAUGGGCACCUUUUCAAUUAAUCUGUAUCCUCAUCCACUUCGUAUAGCUCAUGCCACUAUAGACUUAAUCAUUGAACUUGGAUGGAAAGAGUUUGCUGUUUUAUUUGAAGAUGAUGAAGACACUGCGUUUGUCAAUGAAUUAUUCAAGGAAACACAAAAGGAAUAUGAACAAAUGAUUGGUUUCCCUGUUAAUCGUCUUGAUUGGACAAUUGGUGUUUACCAGUUCUCAUCAGUUGACUCGUACCGAGAUACUUUUGGCUUGGUCCGACGGAGUCAGUACAAGAAUAUAAUUCUUCAUGUUAAAUCUGACAAUUUAUAUGAUGCACUUAAGCAGGGCCAACAAAUCGGAUUAAUGACAGAUGAAUACAGUUUUAUCCUUACUUCCUUGGAUCUCCAUGCCAUUGACCUGAAAGAUUUUAAGUACAGUGGAGCUAAAAUACAUUCCUAUAGGAUAGUAGACACAAACAGUGAAGAAUCUCGUCAAUUUAUUCACGAUUGGGAAAACCUGGCCCAAGAGAUGGGAAUUGAACCGUCGGAAACAUCGAACAACUUUAAGACAGAGACUGGAUUAGUUUAUGAUGCUGUGCUUCUUGUUUCAAAUGCCAUCAAGGAAGCUGAAAAAACUAUGCAAGUCGAGCCAACCUCACUUUCCUGCGAAGAACCACUUACCUGGUCACAAGGGACGUCAAUAUUAAAUUUUCUUACCGCUAAUCCGAUGGAUGGUGUAACUGGAAGAUUAUUUUUCGAUGAAGAAGGCUAUCGUUCCAAUGUUGUCCUCCACCUGUAUGAGCUUUCCAAUGAAGGUUUCAAUCGUCUGGGCUUUUGGUCAGAUAUCAAUAAGAAAGGCCUUGAGAUUGAAAAUAAACAACCGAAAUAUUAUAAUCCCAGUGAAAAUGCUAUCAAAGACCGAAUGUUGAAAGUGGUUACUGUGGAGGAAAAAGGUUACACCAUGAUUAAGAAUGAUCGGAGACCCUUGGAGGGAAAUGAAAAGUAUGAAGGAUAUGUUAUCGAUUUGGUUGAAGAGUUAUCCAAAUUUGCAGGCUUCAAUUAUGAGAUUAGCCUGUUUGAUAGUAAAGCUUAUGGUGAUUGUAAUAAAACUAGUAUGACCUGUACCGGGAUGUUGGGUGAGAUUACCUCUGAUCGUGCACAUCUUGCUUUAGUUGAUUUAACUAUUACUGCGGGCAGAUCAGAGGUUGUUGAUUUUACUCAUCCAUUCAUCAACACUGGAAUAUCCGUUUUAUUUAAAAAAAUAACCAAAAGUGAAACUCAAUUGUUUGGCUUUUUAUCACCAUUCACCUAUCUUGUUUGGUGUAUGAUUACUUUCACCAUUAUUGCUGUUUCCAUCUCGUUCCAUGUUAUCGGACGAUUAUCACCGUAUGAGUGGGUUAAUCCUUAUCCAUGUCGCCAAGAUGAGCCAAUCCUGGAAAAUGAUUUAACUCAAGCAAACGCUUCUUGGUUCAUUGUAGCAGCUCUUAUGCAACAGGGUUCCGAGAUUGCACCAAGGACUCUAUCAACUCGUUGGUUAGCCGGUGUUUGGUAUUUUUUCACUCUUAUCCUCGUCUCAUGUUACACUGCCAAUUUAGCUGCUUCUUUGACAAUAGAAGAUUUCAAUUAUCCAUUUUCAAGUGCUAAGGAUUUGAUUACACUGGAUACACCAGAAGUGCAGGCGAUCAAAUUUGGAUGUAAAAAAAGUGGUUCAACGUUGAAUUUUUUCAAAGACUCAAACGAUCCAAUUUACCGUGAGAUUUAUAAUCGGAUGAUGGAGCAUCCAGAGUGGUUGGCCAGUACAAAUGAUGAAGGUGAAGAGAGGGUCAGAGAAAGUGAUUUUGAUUAUGCCUUUUUUAUGGAAUCAGCUACCAUUGAUUAUAAGUUGGAACGUAAUUGUUCGAUAGUUAAAAUUGGUGGGCUACUUGAUCAUAAAGGUUAUGGUAUAGCGGUUAAACGAAACUCACCUUUAUUGCGUAUCUUAAAUCAAGGUUUAUUAGCAUUACAAGAAUCUGGACAGUUAAGAGUCCUUUAUGAUAGAUGGUGGAAACAGCGUAAUGGUGGUGGUGUUUGUGCUGCUAAAGCCGAUACCUCAGCAGCAGUUACAUCAUUCAAAUUAAUCAAUGUUGGUGGUGCUUUUAUUGUCCUCCUGAUUGGUUGUGGAGUUGCACUAUUAAUUGCUUUCUGUGAACUAUUCACUAAGUUAUGGAAUACAUCCAAUGACCCUGUAUCAUUUUGGGAAGGAGUUAAAAAUGAAUUGCGAUUUGCAUUUAACUUUCAAUUAGCAACCAAACAGGUUACCAAAAAUGAAAAUCUCAUCCAAAGAAGCAUUUCUGAGGACAAAUCAUCUAAAAUUUCCAAUUUUUCAGCCAAAUGAUAAACCUGGGAUGAAAUUUGAAUUCUUUACAAAUGAUAUGAUUGCUACAAUUAAAAUAUUUACAACAA